AUGCACCGCCACCUAGUAGAAAAACGUCCUUGCACCAACCAUACCAACCGGGAGUGCCAAUGCCAGCCUGGAUGGUACUGUAAGGAGCCGUCGACGGGCACCUGUAUUACCUGCGUCCCGCUGACCACUUGCAAGCCGGGCUCUGGGGUCAAGACCAAAGGCACCCCUGACACAGAUACCAUCUGUGAAGAAUGCCCUUCGGGUACUUUCUCUGAUGAACAUUCCAGCACCCAAAUCUGCAAGCCUCGCACCGACUGUGCCAAGUUAAACAAGGUCCCUCUGGGCAAAGGGGCAACCACGCAGGACGAACGCUGCCUGGACAACUCGUCUGGGCAGUCAACGCCGCCGGAGGGCACAACUGCCAUUCACCUGGACCCCUCACCGGACAACGUCCUCAGCACAACGGUCAGCGAAGGCAGAGGCGGAUUCAACUCCACCCACAUCUUGCCUGUGAAGAAACCAAACAGAGGGGAGACUGAUUUCGCCCUCUUGGUUGCUGUCCUCCUUUCUGUGUUGGUCCUGUUUGCCGGCUUGGUGAUGUUCUGGCGGAGGAGGUUUUGCAAGGCGUGGAUCGUCCCCCAUGCAGCGAAGAGCGAGCUGACCUUCUUCCGCAGGAAAUCUAUGCUCAAUCUUAAAGCUUUUGCAGCCUCUAACCCGGCGAAGAUUUGCGAAGAGAGGAUCGAUGGGCCGGACUCUGAAGAGCAUGGAUCAGGAGUGGGGGACCAGCUGAAUUCCGAACCCCUCGCAGAAGCCCCUGACGGCGUCUCCGUCUUGGAAAUGGAAAACACUCCUGUCCUUGAUCCCGAAGGUGCUGAGCUGCUUCAGGCGGACGGAGGGGCAUUUGUGGAGCCCCCCCUGCACAACCACACGAGUAACCACAUUGAAAAAAUAUACAUCAUGAGAGCUGACACGGUGAUUGUGGGGUCCGUUUCGGAAGUGCCUUCCGGGAAGAUGUGCCUUGCCAAGGAGGAAGAUGGCGGCUCCGAGACCCAGGAGGACGUAGAGGGGAAGGAACUGGCCAUGCGCUAUCCGGAACAGGAAACGGAAUUCCACCCAGGAAGUGACAUCACAACUCCUGUGGAGGAAGAGUGGGAAUUCCACAAUUCCUGUGAAAAGACUUUGGCCAUCUAGAUGGAAAAUGACGGGCGCGCUUGUAAUAAUAAAUAAUAAUUUUAUUAUUUAUGCCCUACCC